AUGGAAGAAGAAAUUUAAUUAACUACUGAAGAAGAAUACAAUCUAUCACUCGAACAGCUGCUAAAAAGCAGGUGGGAUUUUAAUUUUAAAAAUUUAGAACUUGAUCAUCUCUAAAAUUUUAUAAGCACUAACAAUACAACCUUCUUGAUGCAGCCAUAAAAUGAAUAUUUAAAUAACUAAUUUCAAUAAAAUGUUAUCAAUUUCAAUGUAAUAGAUGAAUUUCUCAGUGAUGAAAGCUCUGAGACAGAGUAAAAUGUUUUACAGAAAUCACCUUCUUUAACAUUUAUUUCUACUAAGAAGCAGAAUGUGAUAAAAGAAAAUUAAAAAACUAAUGGAAAAUAAUUGAAUUCUACUUAGGAGUAGCAAUUAAAUAAAACAUAAUAAUAAAUAUAAUAAGACUCAUCUCAGGUUUAAAAUAAACCUUUUAAGCCAAAAAAGUAAAUGCUUAGAGAAUAAAUGAGAGAAUAUGAAAUGUUUCAAGAUAACACAGGCUUAACCUACUAUCAAAGAAAAAAGAACUUUAUUUAAAAUAUGAAGGAGAAGGAUUUGCUACUUGAUUGGGAUAGCUUUAAAAAGGAUGAUUUGAUUUACGAAUAGAGCUCGUUUGGAGCCGCUCGCAGAAAGAAGAAGAAUAAAAAAUAAAUUGAUAUAAUCGAGCUGCCUCAUCCUGAAAAAUAACCACAGCAGUAAAAUGAGUAUCAAAAGGAAGCUAAAAGUUACAGAAAAAUACCAAGAUCUUAGCGCUCUGAAAUUAAUGGCUCAAAUAGCAAAAAUGGUAAUGCUAUGGAAGAGGAAGAGGAACCUAAAGUUAAAUCUAAGAGUUUACAAAAAGAAGCCAGUAGUAACAUUUAAUAAGAAUAAAAGCAAGUCUAAUAUAAACCAUUUAAGAGAGUUACUAUGAUUGCUGUUGAUAAAUAAGAAUUAAUUAACAGAAGAGAAGAUUUUCUCCAUUAUCAGUUCAUAAAUGAAAAAAAAAUUAAUACAAAUAAUAUUUAUAUUUCAAGUAGAGCAUAAGCCUAAAUUCCUUAAAUUAGACCUGUAGAAGAAGUAAGAAACACUUGGAUACUUAAGGAUUUAGAUUCUAUUCUUGCAUACAAAAAUUCAAGUGAAUACCAAAAGCUUGAAGAAUAUAUGAAUAAGUUUUUUGGAUUAAGAGCUCCUUGGUAGGUUUUCAAUAUUUUAAAAUUAAAUAAAUACAAUUUAAAGAACUCUAUUGAUUAUUGUAACAUGAACAGUGAUUUUUUAAAAGCUUAUUUUCUCGAUAAGGAUAACGAAAAAAAAAAAAAAUAACAAAAAAGAAGACUUGGACUUGAGAAAAAAAAGUAUGUAUGA